CCAACCCCAGUCCCCACCCACCCUCUACCCCGCCACUUCACACUGCGUUUAUAGCGAGCACCUCCACCGGCGCACUCUCCCAAGCGUUACCUCUCCCCACCGCUCUCUCCAGAUCCCACACCGUCGUUUCAGUUUACCCCCGGCGGAAUCGAAUUCGAUUCCCCGACGAUAAGACUCGCCAAGGGAAGAAGGACAAAAUCCCUUUCUGAUUUUUGCAAUCCCUAAGAUCGGAAACCUAGCAUUUCUCCGGCGGCAAUGGAACUCCGGUCACGUAAAAUCACCUCCAAGCCUCCGACCGACGGUUACGAGGACCGCGAGGGUACUUCAUCAGGAGAAGCUGAUGUUGAUCAUUUGUUCGACGAUGCUGGCUCGGAUGAGGAGAUCUAUGUGCCACCUUCAGAUUCUGAUUAUAAUAGUUCUGAUAGUGAAGGUGGGAUGCCCAUGGAUGCUGACUUCUCGCCCUUUUCAAAGGGCAAAGCGAAAGGCAAGUUGCACAUUCCUGCUGGCCAGGGGGAUGCUCCUUCUGGCAAUCCUUCUGCUGCUCAUAACGAUAAUCCAGAUCCUCCUGCUGCUCAUAUCGAUAAUCCAGAUCCUUCUGAAGAGCCUGCCAAUGAACUUAUAACAUCUCUGACUUUGGCCACAACUCAAGCUGAUGCUGCUGGGGCAAGAAAGAGGAAACACAAAUCAGGGAGGAAGAAGGACAAAGAUAGUUCAGAGCCUCCUCUACUGUGGGAAGUUUGGGAGGAAGAACACGAGAAAUGGCUUGAUGAAAACUGUGUUGAAGAUGUGGAUUUAGAUCAGCAGAAUGGUUUUGUAGUUGAAGCUGCUGAGGCACCAUCAGAAUUGGUUAUGCCUUUGUUAAGGUACCAGAAGGAGUGGUUGGCAUGGGCUUCAAAACAGGAAGAAUCUUCAACUAGAGGGGGAAUUCUUGCUGAUGAGAUGGGUAUGGGGAAGACUAUUCAGGCGAUUUCCCUUGUACUUGCCCGAAGAGAGAUGCACAGGAAAGUUUGUGAAUUCGGAACAUCGACAUCUGGUUCUAGCACUGGUUCGUCAUCUGGAAUAAAAACUACCCUCGUUGUCUGUCCUGUGGUUGCUGUGACUCAGUGGGUGAGUGAAAUUGACCGUUUUACUAAGAAAGGAAGUGCCAAGGUACUGGUUUAUCAUGGUGCAAAUAGAGGGAAAGACUCGAAGCACUUUGCAGAUUAUGACUUCGUUAUUACCACAUACAGUAUUGUUGAGGCUGAAUUCAGAAAGUAUAUGAUGCCACCUAAGAAACAAUGCAGUUACUGUGGGAAAUCAUUUCAUGAAAAGAAAUUGUGGAUUCAUCUUAAAUAUUUCUGUGGUCCAGAUGCCAUCAGAACUGCAAAGCAGUCUAAGCAAGUCAAGAAAAAAUUUAAAUCUCAACUGGGAAAAGACCAGCAAGACCAGCAGGAAACUGAUGUGGAUAUUCAAAAGGGUGAAUCAUCUCCAGGUUAUAAAAGAAAAGGGGGUUGGAGGAAAUCAACAGGGAAUAGUGGUGAUAGUGAAUUAGGGUAUUCGGAAUUUGAGCUAGCCUUGAGGAAGAAAAGCUCAGUCCUGCACUCUGUCAACUGGCAGCGUAUAAUAUUGGAUGAGGCACAUUUCAUAAAAGACAGACGUUGCAAUACUGCCAAGGCCAUUUUUGCUUUAGACUCUUCGUUUAAGUGGGCUUUGAGUGGUACCCCCCUCCAGAACCGCGUUGGAGAGCUUUACUCUUUGGUGCGGUUCCUCCAGAUUGUACCAUAUUCAUAUUACUUGUGCAAGGACUGUGACUGCAGAAUUCUUGAUUAUGGAUCAUCAACUCGAUGCUCUAGUUGUGCUCACAGUUCUGUGAGGCAUUUCUGUUGGUGGAAUAAAAACAUUUCUAACCCAAUACAAUCCUAUGGGAAUCUUGAUACUGGGAGAAGAGCUAUGAUAUUGCUGAAACAUAAAGUUCUGAAGAACAUAGUGCUAAGGCGGACCAAAAAAGGGCGAGCUGCUGAUCUUGCUCUUCCUCCUAGGAUCGUUAAAUUGAGGCGAGAUACCCUGGACGUUAAGGAAGAAGAUUAUUAUGAGUCGUUAUACAAUGAGAGUCAGGCACAGUUUAAUACCUAUAUCAAGGCUGGAACUGUGAUGAAUAACUAUGCUCAUAUAUUCGACCUCCUCACCCGCUUGCGCCAGGCAGUUGAUCAUCCAUACCUUGUGGUAUACUCCGCAACAGCAGCACAAAGAAAUGCAAACACACUGGAUACUAAUGAUACUGAACAAGUUUGUGAAAUUUGUCACGAUCCGGCAGAAGAUCCUGUGGUCAGCUCCUGCGAACACAUCUUCUGCAAGGCAUGCUUGCUCGAUUUCUCUGCUUCCUUAGGACAAGUCUCCUGUCCCAAUUGCUCGAAACUGCUGACUAUUGACUUCAGCACAAAGGCUGAUGGUGGUGCGUCGCAGCCCCGAAAAACUACAUCUGUCAAGGGUUUCAGAUCUGCUAGUAUCCUCAACAGAAUACAGUUGAACGAUUUCCAGACCAGCACCAAGAUAGAGGCUUUGAGGGAAGAAAUUAGAGAUAUGGUUGAAAGGGACGGUUCAGCUAAAGGAAUUGUUUUCAGCCAGUUCACUUCAUUUUUGGAUCUCAUACACUACUCCCUCAUCAAGUCUGGGGUGAAUUGCGUUCAGCUAGUGGGAAGCAUGACCCUAUCACAAAGGGAUGCAGCUAUCAAGAAAUUUACUGAUGAUCCAGACUGCAAGAUUUUCCUCAUGAGUCUGAAAGCUGGAGGCGUUGCCCUCAAUCUAACAGUAGCAUCCAAUGUUUUCUUGAUGGACCCUUGGUGGAAUCCAGCCGUGGAGCGGCAGGCGCAGGAUAGAAUCCACCGUAUUGGACAGUAUAAACCUAUCAGGAUCGUGAGAUUUAUCAUCGAGAAUACAGUUGAGGAGAGGAUUCUGCAGCUGCAAGAGAAGAAGGAAUUGGUCUUUGAGGGGACGGUCGGUGGUUCGUCGGAAGCCCUUGGGAAGUUGACAGAGGCAGAUUUAAGGUUUCUGUUCGUAAAUUAACUUCCCGCAUUGUGAACGUAGCAUGAAAGACUAACAGGGGAGCAAGGGGUGACCUCUGCUUUUGCCUUUGCAAGGGCCUUUAGUUUACGGCUUCUAUUUUCAGCCCAUAUUUUGUGGUCAGGGUAGAAUUUGCUGUCUGCCUUUACCCCGCCCCUAGGUAUUCUCUGUUACGUUAUAGUUAAAGCAUUUUGAUAAACUGUCUGCUGAUAGAAAUCGAGAACUUCAGAUCUGAAAUCAAACUAGCUUAUUAACUAUGUUAAGCAGUACAUUGAAAUGAUAAGGACUAGGAUGCGCCGUUUUAGAUGAAGUGUUUAUUGUUCAGCACUUAGUUGCAUCUUCUGUUGAACUCUGCCGAAGAUGAAUGGGAAUGACCUUGUUCUUGGAGGACAUCUAAAUUCUAAUACUGACGGACAUGACUAUUACUAGCUUACUCAUGUUUGUAACAUCCAACAAUGCAAUUCGAAGUUCCUUCUCUCAUGUACUCCCAGCUUCUGAAAGCACGUUCUCAUGAAAAGUAUGUGAAUAUAAUUUGUGAGAACGAGUUUAGAAUAGUUGAGAGUCGUUAGAUCAGUUGCGCGUUUCAUGGUAGAAGAAAUCAAGAAUUAUAAAAAUGUAUUGGAUGUUGUACUAACUCAUAUAAUGGUAAUGUAUUUUGUAUUGAAAUUGUGGUUCGACCAUUAUAAACUGUCCACCGAUAAAGCAUUUUUACAAUCUAAUCGCGGAUAUGGUACAAUAUGGUUUCACAAUCUUAUGGUUAGACUUGAAAAGUACAAGGAAAAUGGAAAGAGCUGAAAGUUGCAUAUCCUUGCCGACAGGGGACCAUUGCCGUUAACACGGAGACUACAGCAUAAGCUUCUGUACGGGGUGAUCUUCGCCGAGAUGGCUCUGAUCCUGACGCUGCUGUUCAAGACGCCGCUGAGGAAGCUCGUGAUCAUGGCUUUGGAUCGGCUCAAGCGAGGAAGGGGCCCCGUGAUGGUGAAGACCGUCGCCGGGACGAUCUUCAUCGUCCUGUUGUCGAGCCUCUACAGCAUGGUUAAGAUUCAGAAUCGAUCCAUCGAGGCUGGUGCUCCCAAUCCUACCGACCAGGUUCUGAUGUCCAGGCACCUGCUUGAGGCCUCUCUUAUGGGAUUUCUGCUGUUCCUUGCACUGAUGAUCGACAGGCUGCACCACUACAUCAGGGAGCUUCGUCAACUGAGAAAGACAAUGGAAGCUGCCAAGAAGCAGACCCGAGGCCUGGAUGACAGUAAGUUUGGCACCAACACGGAGGAGGCUAAAGCACUUGGCGAAGAGGUUGCUACUCUGCGCAGUAAGGUAAAGAAGCUCGAGGCCGAAUGUGAGGCCAAAACAAAAGCGGCGAAAGCUGCUGAAGAGGAAGCCGAGACUAUUAGGAAGCAGUCCGAAGGGUCCCGUGUAGAGUAUGGUCGACUGCAAGAAGACAACCAAAGCCUUCGUAGCCAGAUUGAGUCGAUAGAAUCUGAGGGCAAGAAGGAUAUGUAACUCAUGACAUAAAAAGGAGAACUUUGUUACCAUGUUUGGUUGUCGUUCUAUACAUAUAUCUUGAAUAGGUUGUUAGGAACAUUGAAGGACUAGAUGGUUUCACUUGUUGAAGGUAUUACAUCAUUUUCCCUUGUUCCAGUGCACAAAGAUUGUGAAACCAAUGGAAGGUUAAUAUGAACAAAUGGGUUGGUGUAAAAUUUUUGUUCGAAAUAGGAACUGCUUAAUGCCGAGUUUGAGUCAAAUCGAGGUUUGAGUACCCCAUGGACAGUAAUUUUGGUAUCCGAGGUUUCGUUAUUGUUUUAACUUAUGGCGCUUGGUUGCUGUAAUUUUCUGGGUUCUUGAAACAUCCAAGCAAAAGGUUGUUUCUUUUUAAA